AUGGCAGACAAACCUAUUGAGAGUUUUUUUCACUUCCUCCCUCUGCAGCAGCAACACGAUAGCACCACAAUGGCAAGCUGUUCAACAGAACUGGAUACGUCCACGGCAACAGAAUUAUUGAACACAGUCAAUGUACAGAAUGAGGAAGCAGCCAAAAGUGUAGCAAAGAGCAUUCGCAAACGAAACAAGAAGGCAGAGCACCAAUCCAAUAGACAUCACGUUAUUCAUGACUACCACGACAACUACCACGAUCCUGAAAAUUUUGAAGGUUCAAAGGAACUUGCGCUUGAGGGGCGGGUUUUCCGCGGGGGUGUAUCCGUGCACUUUCCCGAAGUGCUGCAUAAAAUGUUGAAAAAGGUUGACGAUCUCCAUUUGUCCCAUAUUGUGUCUUGGCAGCCACACGGGCGUUCUUUUCGUGUUCAUUGGCCUGAAAAAUACGUGGAGACGGUGAUGCCCAGGUUCUUUCGUCAAGGGAGUAUCGCUUCGUUUCAUCGCCAAUUAAACUUGUACGGGUUUACUCGCAUGAGCACUGGGCCAGACAUCGGGAGCUACUAUCACGAACUUUUCCUCAAAGGCUGUCCUGCACUGUGUCGACGUAUUCGCCGUCACCGCGUCAAGGGAAACCGAGUGAAAGCAGCACCAUCCCCGCUGUCCGAGCCUGACUUCUACAAAAUGGAAUGGUGCGAAUCCUCUGGCCCCCGGACAAAAGGUUUAUCUGGAUAUAGAGAGACCACCGGCGUCUUACCUUGCCGGGAUCCUUCGAAAUCAUACACUAUGGAUCACCACGAACAACGCGAGCAGAUCGACCCCAGACCACUCGGAAUUGGCUGCCAACAAGUCCAUCACCAAGACAUCCGCAACCUUACAGUGCUCACCGAGCACUGUCACCUGCGCUCAUGCGACCUGGUGCAACCAAAGCCCCCAGCAAGGAUUUUACCAGCGUUUGGCGAUAGACUGGAACCUGAAACCCAGACCCGGGAUACGUUUCCACGUUCAACAACAAUGCAGCCGUCCAGUCUUUAUAUGAAGACAGUGGCUGGCCUUGGUAUGGCGAUCGCGCCACCUUUACGUUCUCGGACCAUGCCAGCGUACAUGGAUAGCGGAGAGGAUCAGUGGUACCAACACAUUUGUGUAGCUUCACGUCAGUUGGGUAGUCUUGCGGAGCUACAGCAGCAGUAUUUCCAGCUCGCAUCCUCAACUAUAUUUGCUCAUCAGCCAAGAAACGUGGUGGCGCCGACCAUGCCGGUGGUGAGUUCUCCAGAUCCUCUAUUUUUUGCUAGGACUGAUGGCACGAAUGCAUGGAACCCUCUCCCUAGUACUUGGGUACUCGUAUGCGUUACAGAAUAGAACGUUAUCACGGCUUCAGACACUUCCAGAGUCGACUUGCCGAACAGUAACCACAACGAAAAGCGGGGAAACCCUACUUAUAAGAUCGUAUAAAAAUCUGUUUAUGUGACCAGCAUCAGAAAUCAAAUUAAAAGUUCGGACAGAUUCACCGAGGGAUUCGGCGCUGGAAGGAUUUGCG